GCGCUCGGUCUGGACGCGCCGGAGCUUCUGUCCUCCUUCGGCCGAUGAGCAGCGCGAGGAAGGGGACCGUGUCCACCGGUGGGACCGCCGAGCCGAGCGCCUCUGAACGUCACUCGGGACCUGGAGAGAACCUCCGGAGGGUGGUUGUGUCGAAGCCCGGCCGCUCCGCUCAGCUGUCACCUGUGCGAACGGAGCUGCGUUCGAAGCCCCCCCACAGCCCCUCUCCCCUCCCCUCCCCUCCCCUCUCCCCCCGGCUUCCCUUGAGCCCGGAGUGGAGCAGCGUACCGUGGUAAAAUUACUAGUGUGCGCGGAGGAAGGGCGGGGAGGAGAGCAGAGGAGAUAAAGAGUGCGGAGACUAAACAGUAAAUCAGAGUAAAUUUACUGCCGCUAUCUCAGUCAGUCAGUGUCUCCGCCUGCGACAGACAGGACCGCCACACUGGACCGCGCCGCACUGGACCGGACCGGACCGCAGAGAGACCAGUGCCAGGGAGGCGACCUCGGCAGCUGAGCGCGCUCACGCGCUGGGACAGCAAGUCUUGUCGUGCAGAGAGAGCGCGAGCCGCGGCACGAGGCUGUGCAGAGAGCAGCGCGCCCAUGAGACGCCCCGCGGACCCGGAGAGCCCCUCGCGCACGUGCAGCAGGUGGCAGCGGCGGCUCUUCCGCGAGCCGCUCUCCCUCCCGCUGCUGCUGCUGCUGCUGUUGCCGCUCGUGCUGCUGGGCUGCGUGGGCGCGCCGGGCGACGCCGCCGUCCACUCGAGCUUCCUGCAGCGGCGCCUCAGCGUGCGCGAGCGCAAGGAGAUGCAGCGCGAGAUCCUGUCCAUCCUGGGCCUGCCGGGCCGGCCCCGCCCCCACCCGCCGCUGCGCCCCCCGUCCUCGGCGCCGCUCUUCAUGCUCGACCUGUACCACGCCGUGUCCGGGGAGGCGGAGGGCGAGGACGCGCCGGGAGCCGCGUUCGGACCCGCGUUCGGACCCGAGCGCCUCAGCUACGCGGCGCUGCCCACCCUGAGCACGCACACGCCCCCCCUGGGCUCGGUGGUGAGCGAGGCCGACACGGUCAUGAGCUUCGUGAACGUGGUGGAGCACGAGCGGGACCUGCUGCAGCCGCGCCCCUACUGGAAGGAGUUCCGCUUCGACCUGACGCCGCUGCCGCAGGGCGAGACGGUGACGGCCGCCGAGUUCCGCAUCUACAAGACGCUGAGCCUGGGGCAACGGGGGAACCGCACGCUCCACAUCUCCGUCUACGAGAUCUUCCGCGACAACAAGCACAGGGAGCCCGAGCUGGUGCUGCUGGACCUGCAGUCGGUGCCGGCGGGGCAGGAGGGCUGGCUGGUCUUCGACGUCACGUCUGCGAGCAACCGCUGGCUACUGCAUCCCCACAGCAACCUGGGCCUGCGGCUCUACGUGGAGACGGAGGAGGACCGCUCGCUGUCGGCUGGGUGGGUGGGGCUCGUGGGACGGCGGGGGCCUCGCUCCAAGCAGCCCUUCAUGGUGACGUUCUUCAGGGCGAGUCAGGCGCCCUGCCGGCCCCCCCGCGCCCUCAGACACAACGGCGGCAACAACAACAACCACCACCCCCGCAAGAAGAAGUCCAAGUAUGACCUGCCCCACCCCAACCGCCCGGGAAUAUUCGACAACCAGGUGAACAGCGGACGUCAGGCGUGUAAGAGGCACGAGCUGUACGUGAGCUUCAGCGACCUGGGCUGGAAGGACUGGGUUCUGGCUCCUCAGGGAUACUCGGCCUUCUACUGCGACGGCGAGUGUCUCUAUCCUCUGGGCUCCUGCAUGAAUGCCACAAACCACGCCAUGAUCCAGCUGGUGGUCCACCUGCUGAAGCCAGAUGAGGUGCCCAAGGCAUGUUGUGCCCCCACCAAGCUGAGCCCCAUCUCCGUGCUCUUCUACGACGACAACAACAACGUGAUCCUCAAGAAGCACCGCAACAUGGUGGUCAAGACCUGCGGCUGUUUGUAGCCGAGGGGACGGAGGGCCUGCGCACCCCCCCAGCGCCCAAGUCGCAUCCUCGGCGUCGGCUCCGGACGACGGCUCAUUUGGCUGCCGGGGAGCGGAAGCUUCCGGAAGCCGUGGCUAUGAAUUCCAGCCCACUGGAACGUUCGACGCCGUUUCGGUUACAGGUUUGCAUGAAGGACAGUAAAACUGAUGGCCUCUUUCCAGAAAUGAGCUUUUACUAUAGUCAAGAGUGCGCAAGUGGGACCCAGAAUCCUCUCUGUACCGCACGCCCUGGAGUUGGGUUCGGUACAAACGUCAGCCGUGUCCUCGGGGGGGUGGGGACACUUCGCUGAAGGAAACCUUGGGGCUCCACUGUGA